CAAAUGAAAUAAAAGACGCAGUGGUUCAGGAGUAUUAUUUGGCUAUUUACAUUUGACAGGCGUUUUUUAACACGAACACGUUUCGGAAGGAACCGAUCGAAGCUUGCGCAGACCGAAUGCGAAACUAGCCACGCACCACUUUAAACAGCUUUGCUCCUUGUCUCGUUAUGAUUAUGUUGGCCGGAGCCAGUUGAACGGGGUUUGCUUGUGUUGUCAGAGGACGCGCAGUUAGCGACAUCUGGGUUGUAUAUAUGGACAUUUCCCCGUCUGUGUGAACUUCAGCCGCACAGCAAACAUGGGAGGAAUGCGACACUGCGUUUUGCUUGUGUUGCUCCAUUUAGCGUUCGGAUUAGCUUUUCAGGUCGGUACCAUCAGGGGCAAUGGACAUACAGAAUUUCUAAAGAAGCAAAUACAUGGAAAUGUUCAUGUUGCGAGAUCGAACUUAGCUAAGUAUUGGCCCUUUUCUUCAAGUAAACACAAAGUUACCAAAAGGGAUCUGGGAGGAGACACCUGUGAGGCACUUCGAGGAUAUGGUGACAGGUUAAUCAACAAUACCCACAUGUUUGGCUUCUAUGACCUGAGUGGCUCGGUGUCUCUGGCCUGGGUGGGGGAUGGCACUGGGGUUGUGCUGGCUUUGACCACGUUCCAGGUGCCAUUCUUCAUGUUCAGAUUCGGACAGUCCAAACUAUACAGAAGUGAAAACUACGGGAAGUCCUUUGAGGACGUGACAUCGCUCAUCAAUAACACCUUCAUCCUCACGGAGUUCGGCAUUGCAAUUGGCCCUAUGAAUUCUGGGAAGGUGAUCCUCACAGGCGAUGUCUCGGGAAGCAAGGGCUCUCGGAUCUUUCGCUCCACCAAUUUCGGGAACGCCUUCACUCCUGUCGACCUGCCCUUCCACCCGCUCUCACAGAUCGUCUACAAUCCACAGAAUUCUGACGCGCUCCUGGCGCUCAGUGUUACGUAUGAUCUCUGGGUGUCAGAAGACUUUGGUGUAACCUGGAAGACUAUCCAUGACACUGUAUGCAGGGCCAAGUGGGGGAGGGACAACACCAUCUUCUUCAGCACCAGCUUUAAUGGAUCCUGCAUAGAUGAGAAGGGCAUGCUAAAACUGAAGAGGACCACAGACUAUGGAAGAACCAUCAAGACCAUUGCCUCCAAGAUCUUCUCCUUUCUCUUGGAAGCCAAAUUUGUUUUUGCCUCCGUUAUGACUGGACAGGGAACGCUGCGUAUGAUCCACGUGUCGGUGGAUCAGGGCGAUACGUGGAACAUCGCCCAGCUGCCCCCGGUUGGCCAUGAGCAGUUCUACUCCAUCCUGGCUGCCGACGACGACGUGGUGUUCCUGCAUGUGGACGACCUGGGAGACACUAACUUGGGCACCCUCUACGUGUCGGAUGACCGCGGCACAGUUUACUCCAAGUCCCUGGAGCGCCACCUCUACACCUCCCCCGGGAGCGCCACGGACUUCACCAACGUCACCUCGCUGCGUGGCGUCUACAUGACCAGUGUUCUGGCUGAGGAUGAUUCUGUGCAGACCGUGGUGUCCUUUGACCAGGGUGGGGAGUGGACGCAGCUGCAUAUACCUGAGAACAUCAACUGUGCCUUUGAACUCGAUGACCCAGACCAGUGCACCCUGCACAUCCACGCCUCCUACAGCACCACCCUGAAGCUGAACGUCCCCAUGCUGCCCCUGAGCGAGCCCAACGCUGUGGGACUCAUCCUGGCCCAUGGGAGUGUGGGCGACUCGGUCUCGGCGAUGAAACCGGACGUGUAUGUAUCGGACGACGGGGGGUACUCCUGGCUCCUGGCCCUGGAGGGGCCCCACCAUUACGCCAUUCUGGACUCCGGGGGCCUGCUGGUGGCUGUGGAGCACAACCCCUCCCUGCCCAUUGCACAGAUCAAGUUUUCCACGGAUGAGGGGCAGUGCUGGCACAUCUACAACUUCACCACCGAGCCGAUCUACUUCACCGGCCUGGCCACGGAGCCCGGGGCUCGCUCCAUGAACGUCAGCAUCUGGGGCUACAGAGAGACGCUGAUCAGCCAGUACUGGGUCUCCGUCACCAUCGACUUCAAUCAGCUGCUGACCCGAACCUGUGGCAAGGGAGACUACAUUGAGUGGCUGGCGCACUCUGAUGACAUCAGCGACCCUAAUGACGGCUGCAUGCUGGGAUACAAGGAGAAGUUCCUGCGGAUGCGCAAGGACUCUGUAUGCUGGAACGGCCGGGACUACGUGGUGAAUAAGCAGCCCACACCCUGCACCUGCACCCUGGAUGACUUCCUAUGUGACUUUGGGUACUCGCGAGCGGAGAACAGCUCUGAGUGUGUGGAACAGGCGGAACUGAAGGGCCACGCCCUGGAGUUCUGUCUGCAUGGCAAGAAGGAGCAGCUGCUGACCAGAGGUUACCGGAAGAUUCCAGGAGAUAGAUGCGAGGGCGGGGUCACACCAGAGCGCACGGAGGUCGACCUGAGCCAGAAGUGUGUGAGCAACCUACUGGACCCCCAGCUACAGACGGGGAACUCCUCCAGCUCUGUCGCUAUCGUGGUUGCCGUGGUAGCCAUCAUGCUGCUCAGUGUGGCGGGCGGUGUGCUGUUCGUCAAGAAGUACGUCUGUGGUGGCAGGUUCCUGGUGCACAGGUACUCGGACCUGCAGAACAACGCGGAGGCCAACGACAUCGAGGGCGUUGACGAGCUGGACAUCCAGGCUGUCCAGGCACCCAAGAGGGAUUUCCAUGACGACUCGGACGAGGACCUCCUGGAAUGAGAGGGUGAGCCAGAGCCAAUCACGACCUGGAGAGAAGAAUCACCCCCACCUUCCGUCUGUUUUCCUCCUCCUCCAUCCCAUAAUGCAUCUCCAGGCCUGCCCUACUUCUUCUCUGCUCUUCCCUCGCCAUGGUAACGUCAGGCAGCCACGGGGACGGUGGCGGGACCUCGUUCUGUCCGCUGCGACCGACCCAGAUUCACUCCGCUUCCGCUAAACAAAAACAAAAAACGGAACGGGCAGACCGAUGACUUUAUGGCUCCAGCGCAGGGUCGCGCUAUAUGUUUUCGCGUCUUGAAGAUUUUUCUUCUUUUUUUUUUGAGGAAAAAAAAAAACAUUUUCUUUUUCACAGCUAUCUUGCUUUUUCGGCACAGGGAGUUUGGGUUUCGGUUGUGACAGGGGUGUCCCAGAUUCUGGCAGCAGGAACAGGGAGAAAGCAGCGACUUUAACGCCAGAUUAUGCCAGGCGGUUGACGCAACCACUUACUCCACUUUUUUAUUUAGAGGACCUCCUACAAGGAUGGGGGCCACGGUGUGAUUUCAGGGUUCCAGGGGAAAAAAACGGAUUUAAUCCUGCAAUAUAUUGUCUGCUGUAAUCUAAGAUUGAUCUUUUGUAUUUAAAUGACAAGAAGAGCGCAAGGUGAUGGUAAAAUGCUGUGUCUUGGUCAUUGCUAAUACUAUUCUGUGCAUUUCUGAAUUCUCAGAUUUUCUUCUGUUUUUGAUCAAAUUUGGGGCUUAUAAAUCAGACACAAACAUACAAUUAUUGCUAUUGUUAUGGCUAUAGGGAACCGCCUGGCAGUGGAUUCUGGGAAACUGGUCAUAUUACACAGCUGUUGCAAAUAAUAAACGUGUGCUGAAAUGAUCCACAUGUACACCACAUCUCAAGCAAUAAAAUAAUCGGAUGCAAUAUUUGAAGCCACAUUCCUCUGAGUAAAGUGUAGCUUAGUCUUGUUAAUAACGCUGAUACAUUGCUGUAUUUCAAGUGAUGCAAUCUUUUCUUUACAUAUCACUUCCAUGCCAGACAUCUCAAAUUUACCAUAUUACAUUUACCAUAGUACAACAAAUCAUAAUUAUUUUUGAGACGAUACAAUUGAAAUCUAUUGUGUGAAAUAUUUUCAUUUUUGUACUUGUUGUUGCAAGAUGACAAUAAGUGCCCUGGGUGUUAACCAAGUCCUUGGCUUUAAUAUGAAUGGGAUGUGUCAUAAUUGUGCAAAGUAGCUUUGCACAUUUAGAAUGCAAUCAUAUAGCAAUUACUGAAAUUGAAACAACUUUUAUCACGUUAAAUCACUGUUUGGAUAAGCAGGAACUUGACAGUCUAAUGUCAGUAAGAAUGAAAAUAUGAAUAUAGCACAGACUCUUGCAAUUAGUUCUUAGUGGCUCAGUGAAAUGUACAGAUUGACACCACUGUACUUGUCAGUUAGACUGUUAGACAAUGUAGUUAUAGCUAUGGUUAGUGUAGCAGACAUUUUAUCCUUUGGUAACUCGUUUGCAAAUGCUGUGUUUUUAGGUGGACCUUCAAAUGGUUAAUGCAAGAUGAUUUAAUAACCUUGAACUUACUCUGUAUACAUAAAGGGUAAUAAUAAUAUUAAGAUGAUUUAGAAAUGGAGAAACCUGAAAGUCGAUGCAGGCCGAUUAUUAAAAGUCACAUGCUGGUCUCAACACCGGUAACAUGAAUGUAAUUAUGUAAAUUAGAGUAAUAAUACCCUAUACCUUGAAGGAGAUUAGUGGGUAAUGUGGUUUUAUAAGCAAAGUUGAAUAUUUAACUAUUUUUGCACUGAUUGUUCCUUUAUGUGUAUGGGCAUAAAAGGUGGCUGUAAAUAGGAGCAGAUGAAAAGAAAAAUUGAAGUGUCACAUCUUUAACUUUGUUCUUCACAAAUACAGGAGUUUUCUUGAUGUAAAAUACAGCAGACGGUAGUUGAAGAAUCGAGUGAAUAGUUGUACUCUGGAGUGUCUCCUUAAGGAUGUUUAAAAUGUCCUUAUGUGGUCUUUGAAAUUCCACCCAAUUCAGUGCCAUCUUUUGAGCAUUUACUUCAAAGUUGUGGUACAGUUUGUAGCUUUUAAUGAACUUGGACUUAGAGCCAAAAACGUUCUUCAGUCGUUACUGUCAACUUCCAAGUAGACCAUCGGUUUCCAUUGCAGCAGGCUCAGUCUUAAAUUACAUUAUUUUCAAGCUUUCAGGCUAUCCUGAAUUGACUUCCAUUUUCACCCCACGAGCUUUUAAAAUGAAGGGAUUUUACCUGAAAGCACACUCACAUGAAGAUGCUCAUUAAGUGCCUUGUAUCCAUUUUGAUUUUUAUCAGGCCCUUCCUGUUUGACUGAAGAGAUUUGCUUCCAGGUCACUCGUGUGAAUUCAAACCAUUGUCCCCUUUGCCAAAUCCCAUCACACAAUUAGCAGUCGUCUCCUAAGAAAUCCAUCCUUGCUUAAAGCAUAUUGUGGGAGUUGAGUAAUUUGGCACAGAGAGCCAGUGUACUCAAGUGACGCAGUCAUCAAUCCCACAAUAUAUGCAGGUGUUCUGUUUUUAAAGCAAACACCACUGCAUUCAUCACAGGAAUCUAUCAACAGUUAUUGCUGAUAGUUGUAAUGUUGCAGCUAUGAUGGUUUUCUGCCACAUUUUUACAUCUUCUGGCCCUGGAGUGCUCCAAGGUGUCCCCCACGGGUAGAUGCUCCAUGUUGAAGGAGUCUAGACGCUGAUGUUAAAUUAUUUGAUUUUUCUUGCUGUUCAAAUCAGGAUUGAGCAUAAUGGGUUUAUUAUGUAAAAAACCUGUUCCUACUUUGUAUGAGCUCUGUAUGUUUAAAAACUGUUCUCUUUGGUUUACAAAUAAACUCAGAUACUUUCUUUUC